UGGGGACAUUUAGGCCAAAAUCCAGUGGUCGGCGGGUACCAUUCGGUUUUGAGAGGCUGAUCCUGCUUUUUAGGGUACUAUGAAGAAAAGGUCCGCUCCAUUCAAACUAAUUUGAAGGGCCCAAUGUGCAUGACUGGCUUUGGCAGGCAAGAGUGUUGACUGGUACCGGGAGCUGGCCUCAACCAUAGCAUUUAAAAUCUUACCAUAGGUCACCAUGAUCCAUGAAUCAUCCUGCGCAAUCCCACCCAAUUCGAGCCAAACCCAAGUGACACUGAAUCCCAGUUGACUUUCCUAGGAUUUCAGGAUAUUCUCAAUCCCAACAUUGACACUCAACCCCCUCAGCCACCCACGCCUUGACCCCGCCAACCCGCCAACCCGCGUACCCGCGAACCCGUCGACCGGCCCCAUGCUGCUGGAUUGGGAGAGCCAAGGCGUGUUGGCCGACUUUCGGCGGUGCCAAAGCUCGGCUCAAGCCACGGACCUGGUGUUCCAUUGCAGCAACGGGCGCGUGUUCGCCCAUCAAAUGAUCUUCGCCGGCAUCUCGCGGCUCUUCACAGAGUUGAUGCAACGCUUCUUGAUAGGCCAACAACUCAUCCCGCUGGACCUGAACAUCUCCGUGCCCGGCGUGCUCAAAGAGCACAUGGACAUGGUCAUCGAGGUCAUCUACACGGGGCAGGUCCGCCUAGCCCAGAGUGAUUACGCCCCUUUCCGCGAUAUCUGUCAGCUUUUGGAACUGUGCGUGCCCAUCGCCGAUUAUGACGAGUUCUUUUCCGCCCAGGCCGUCCAAUCGACCGUGCCCAGCCACCCCUCCCAGCCACCCCCCGUCCCAGUCCCCGUCCCACCUCAAGUCAAAGCCGACCAGGACUGGCCCAAACCACGGGUUUUUGUGUGCGACGAAUGCUACGCUAUAUUCCCGUUAAAGAUCGCGUUGAAAAGGCAUAAAAAGAACCGCCAUGGCCUGCCUGAUGCGCUGGAGCCGGACCUCCCGAUCCAGGUCCCGGUUCAGAAGAAGCCCAGUGUGAAAAUUCGGGCGGUUCGGAAGCGGUCGAAGGAUAGCAAGCACUCGUUUUACCCGCAAAAUGGCGAACCCACGGUCAAGUGUCCGGAUUGUCUGAAUGAUUGCCGUCCGGGACGGGCGCGGGAACAUUUGUCCAAUCAUUUACGGAUGCGGCUCAUGGAACUGGUCACGGAGAGUACAUUAACCCCUGGGCAGAAAAAAUGCACGCUGUGUUGGUAUGAGGCGUGUUCAGCUAGCCACGUGUGCCGACAUUUGGGCUUGUCGCAUAAUAUGAUCAUGAAAUACGCUAGUGACGCUCAGAGGAAGUUCCUCCAUGAGGCGCAAAUGAUGAAGAACAAGCCAGACGAAGCCGAGUGCCCCGCCCAAUCUGGACCGGGGCCCAAGAAGAAGAGAAAAAAAGGCAAAUUGAGCCAGAGAAAAAAGACCACCCGGACGUUGGGCCAUAGCGAUCUGGUGGCCAUGGAAGACGACCACCUUGAGAUUGAGAUCGAUAAUGCUUUGCAUGA